ACUUCCGGGUUAUUUUCCGAAUGUAAACAUGACAGCAACAUCACAAUCAAACUGUUUAGAUAUCGGAGCUGCCAACAUAUACUAAUAUAGAAUUCGGUACUUUCAAAUCAAUGGAGAGGCUAAUAUCCAAACUGACAGAGAAACAUGUUCUCUUCGCGGCUUCUUUCACGAUACGUCUUGCCUUGGUCGCUUAUGGUGAUUUCCACGAUAGGACUAUGAUAGUGAAGUACACUGAUAUUGACUAUCACGUUUUCACGGAUGCUGCGAGGUUCACCACUAAGGGCGAGUCGCCGUACAACAGAUCAACCUAUCGAUACACACCACUACUGGCUUGGCUGCUCACUCCUAAUAUUUAUAUCCACAUGGUGUUUGGCAAGCUCUUUUUCAUCGUAUGUGACGUGCUGUCCGGGGUGCUGAUCUACAAAAUCCUUUGCCUACGAGGGCUUAACUCAGAGACAGCACGUCGGGUUUGUUCGCUGUGGCUCCUCAACCCCCUGCCAAUGGCCGUUUCCAGCCGAGGGAAUGCCGAGUCCAUCCUGACUGCUCUGGUGCUGGGGACUCUUCUUUGUAUAGAGAGCCGUCGUAUGACGUGGGCAGCUAUGCUAUACGGCUUGUCUGUUCAUAUGAAGAUCUAUCCCAUCACCUACGCGCUACCUAUUGUUCUGACUCUUCGUUCAGAGGAAGACCCAAAAAAGUGGAGAAGUGUCAUGGGCUUCUUGGGAAGUUUCCUCAACAGGGAGCUGUUGUGUUUCGCAAGUGUGGCCGGAGGUGUUUUUUGUGCUCUCACAGCACUUUUCUAUCACAUGUACGGUUGGAUAUUUCUUCAAGAGACUUACUUGUAUCAUCUAACCAGAAGAGAUAUUCGACAUAACUUCUCUCCAUACUUCUACAUGCUCUACCUAACUGCAGACAGCAGGUGGAGCCAGUGGCUUGGCCUGGCGGCAUUCCUUCCGCAGUUGAUUCUCCUGUUGGUAACGUCAUGGGCUUUUCACCGUGACCUAACCUUUUGCUGUUUCCUACACACGGCCAUCUUUGUCACUUUCAACAAAGUCUGCACGUCACAGUACUUCCUUUGGUACCUGAGUUUACUUCCUCUUGUCAUCCCUUAUUUGAGUCUCUCACUGAAACAAGGAGUGGGACUUCUGUUCCUCUGGUUUGCUGGACAGGGUGUAUGGUUGGUCCCGUCUUACUUUCUGGAAUUUGAGGGCCACAACGCCUUUUUGUUCAUCUGGCUCGCCGGGCUGCUCUUUCUGAUUGUUAACUGCUUCAUCUUGGUGCAGCUCAUCGUACAUUACAAACCAAAAGUGAACCUGAAGACACUGAAGUUCGAAUAACCUUGCAUGAAUGUGCAAGAACUUUUUUAUAUUUUUGUGAUUGCAGCCUCAGGAUUAAGACUGACAAGAUUAUUUGUUUGCAAUUUUUUUUUAAACACUUGUUUUCUCACCUAAAUUAUGCUGUUUUGUGAUGGGCAAACUGCAAUAUACAUUUUGUGUGUGUGUUUAUAAUAAUCAAUACUUUUUAUAAUAAUAAAAAAUACACCCCA